UCCCCCCGCAAGCGCCGCGCUAGCGCCGCCGCGGUUCCCGCUCCUCCGCCUUCUCUUCACUCGGCCGCGGGAGGUCGAAGCCCUCCGGCCCACCCGCCGGUCCACGAGCACCGGGCUCACCACCGACCCAGGCCACCCGAGAGUCAGCGCGGCUCCGGCGCCUCGUCAGGUCAUUGAUCCUCGCCGGGAUCCGGUGCGCCGCCUGCAGAGACACAGAGAGGAAGAAGGGAGUUACUGCCGGCAGGCCAGAAGGGAGCGGAGGCCCAGGUGACUCGUCCUUCCAGCUCAGUUCGCGAGGUUACCUCAAGCCGCCGCCCUGAGCGCGGGCUCCCUCUGGCCUCCACCGCCUCCUCCCAGCUCUGCCGCUGCCGCCGCCGCCGCCGCCGGAAAAGGCGCCGAAGAAACCGCCUCACUUCCCCUCCCGAUCACGCAGGCGCAGCAAGGCCGACCGUUCGGUGAGAGCGAGCUCUGUAAGGAGCGCGGCCCGCGCGCCCAGCGUCAUGGGCGCCACGCGCGAGGGGGCGGGGCUACGGCGGCCUGGAGGCCUCGCGGCUGCGGUCAGGCCCCAGACCCGCGAAACUCGGACUCUGACCCGUGCCCGCCUGGCGCUGUACGCGGACUUUCUGCGUCCCUGUGGCGCGCUCUCGCCUCCCCCAGCCCUCUCGAACCAGAGCAGGCAAAUCCACUGGGGAGCUCCCGAGGGCGGGGCCCGCGGCCAGCCCUCUCCCGCGGUGAAAGCCUCCCCCAGGCUGCUUCCGGACGUCGGUGCCCGCCAGGUGCUCAGCGAGUUCCCUUGGGCCCGCCCCAGCCUCCGCGCGUCCUCAGUCACCCGGGAAAGCCCUAUAUGCUGUUUGUACGUCUCCCAGCCCGUCCUUGGCCUCCCUCAUCCCGCGUGUUCUGUGCAUUUCCUGAAAGACACGUGGGAGGCCCGCGUUUGGUGUGGAGUCGGCCAAGCAGUGCGGCGCUUCUACCAGGCUUGGGUUUGCCAGGAAACCCCGCUUUUCGGUGUUCGAGCCCUGUCUUACACAUCUCUUCGGGACCAGACCCUGUUACUUAAAAAUGACAGUGUUAACCAGAGUUCCAGUCCCUUGCUGCGUUUUCAACUUUUUAAGCAACAAGUGAUCCCCCUGCGGUGGGCGGCGGCGAACAGACUGUGUCAAAGGGCGGGAGGAUGCAGCCCUGUUCUGCACCACGAGCUGGACGGAGGUCAGGGGAGCCUCCUCUUCGGAUGUCCUCUCCAGAGCCCCUGCAGUCCCGGCCAGCCUCAGCCUUGUCUGGUGCUCUUGCCUGAUGGAUGCCGAGGAAGCAAGCUCAGACCCAGCUUUUCUCCCAGACCUGGGCAGAAAGCCUCUUCGUCUGAGCCCAUGCUCUUCGUCGUUUAGUGUUCCAGAAGGCUUAAUGUAUAAAGGUCAUGUGCAACAUGGAAUGGAUUUUUUCAGACAGAGUGAGACAUACCAUUUAGGAUGAGUGUAGUAGUAUCUAUUCUAAUGUUUAGGCCCCUCAAUAUUAACUGCCAUUCAGGUUACGGUUUGAAGAAACAAAACCUUAUAUAGCCAAACAUGACCUAAUUUACUGAACUAAUAAAAAGUAAACAACCUAA